UAAGAAUUUGUUUUAGGUCUUAAGGAAAGACCAAAAAUUCAAAUCAGCACUGCUAAUAGAUUUAUUUUUCCCGGCACCGUUAUCAGCUCAGAUCUCAACUAAUCUCUCAGCGACCUAACUUUGUUUAUAUCUAGUUUUUAAAAUGGUGGAUGUUGCAAUGCGCCAAAAUGAUCAUGCUAAUACUCAUAACAAAAAAGAAGAAAAAGUGGAAGAGAUUAUGCAAGGGAUUGUAAGAGAUAUUAACUUAUUAUCAGCUAGUAAUCAUCUGGCUAAAAAAAGAUCACUUGAGAAGAUAGACAAGUUUGUUUUUGGUACUGAAUAUCCCGAACAUAUAAUAAGAACAAUUUUUCAAAAUUUAUUUAAACCAGUUCUUAAAUUGCUUGAUGAUUCUAUGGAUUGCACCAGAGAGUUGUCUGUUAAGUUGAUUAUUAGGUUUUGUUGUCAUAUUUCCAAACCAGAAGAAUUUAUGCCUUAUAUUAUACCUGUAAUGCAGCAAAGAAUAAUUUCUGAUAAUAAUCAUGAAUCUACAGAAGAAAUUAGACUGUUAUUGAUUGAGAGCUUAUCAAAGUUAAUAGAUAUAUGCUGUGAAAAGAUUGGAAUUUAUAUUGAUGGAAUUAUCCUCAUGUUAAUUAAAACUCUUGAAGAUCCAUACAGUGAAGUCAGAAAAGCAAGUUGUUCUUGUGUUUGUAAGUUAGCUGCAAUGUGCUCUGAGCAAUUUUAUCUGCAGGGAGAAUCUUUAAUUCCCCCAUUGUUAAGAUCUCUUUCACACCAGCAUAAUAAAGUUAGAAGUGCUGUUUUGCAGACAAUUGGUGUUACGAUUCUAUCAACAAGUGGAAAGUCAGUAGAUGAUGUAUUUACUCACAUUGCACAACGAACCUUUGAUAGUUCUUCACCAGUGAGAUUAAUGGUUGUUGAAGUAGUUGGAAAAUGGCUUGUUGAACUUAGAGAUAGGUAUUCUUAUUUUGCAAAAUUGAUUCCAUUGCUACUUAGUGGACUUUCCGAUGAAAUGUCUGAGAUUAGAUUAUUAAGUUUUGAAAAUUUUGAAAAGGCUGGUAUGCUAUAUGAAGAAGAAAAUGAAGCAGAUUUAAAAGAUAAAAGAGAGUAUCAUGUAACUAAACCGUUUGAAUCAUUUAUAACUCAUAACAGACCUAGAUUGGGUUGUAGAGUGCUUGUUCAGCAAAACUUCUCAAAGAUUCUUCCUGCUCUAAUUCAUGACAUCACUGAUUGGUGUGUAGACACUAGAAUCAAGGCUGCCAAUCUUUUGUACCAUCUGGUGCUGUACUGUGAGGACCACAUAACAAUGAGCAUGGAGUUAUUAUCAAAUGGCCUUUACUCAGCCUCUCAAGAUGAUGAAAAACAAGUCGUUUAUCAAGUUAGUCGGGUUGCUGAAUUAGUUGGGAAGUUUGUUGAACCAUCAGUAUAUUGCAAACUAAUAACAAAACGAUUAGAACUUGUUUACAAUUCAACUUCAAAACAAAUACAUGGCACAUUACUUAUUUUAACCUCUUACAUCAAAGGUGCAAUUCCACAACAGAUCAAAGAUGAAUUAACGAAUAUAACAACUAUUAUUGAAAAAACAGAUAUCUGUAGCUCUGUUGAUAAUGCAUGUCAAAUGCAACUUUUAGCUUUAUUUGAUGCAAUUAUAUCAAAAGAAGUAGAUGAAAUAUCUUGUGUUGGUUGCAGUUUGUUUAAAAUGAUAUUAAGUGUGAUUGCACUUGCUUGCAAUAAUCAAGUGAAAACAGAGGCUGAAAAUCAAAUAAUAAAUCUCAGUAAAACAUUGCACCUUGAGAGUCGGUUUGAAUUAUUCAAAAUUUAUGGUGAUCGCAUCAUGGAGUCUUUAGUGAAAUCAUCUGCAGAAUGGAGUAGUCAAUCAUCUGAUUGCUAUACUUAUGUUUCUCUAUUAUCACAGGCAGGCCCUAGCCUUUUUUAUCUUCUUGAUAAAGCUAUUCCCAUUUUCAUCCAAUGUUGUGAUGUUACAAAAGAUGCUGAAAUGAGACAAAGAUUUUUUACUCUCAUGGCGCAGCUCGUUCUAAAUCCAUUAACUGAAGAUGUUGUUAAAAAGUUUCAAGUUCAUAUUGAUUCAAUAAUCAAAGAUGCAAUUUUGCCCAACUGCAUUUGGAAAGCUGGAAGAGUUGCUGCAGCUGUUCGUUCAGUUGCUAUGUCUUUUUUAUGGGCUUUGCUCCAGUCUGUUUUGCGUGGAAAUGAAUUAAAAAAAGCAUUUAACGAAUCACAAAUGCAGAUAAUUAGUUGCCUUGAUGAUCACAAUGAAACUACUAGACUUGUAACAAUUAAAGUUUUAUUAAAAAUUCUAAGAGUGAGCAAAGGUGAAUUUGUAGUGCCACAACUUCAUGCAAUUUAUCCUGAGUUUUUAAAGCGAUUAGAUGAUGCUUCUGAUUCUGUUAGAAUAGUUGCCUCAAAAGCCAUUUCUGCAUAUUUUGAGUGCUUACCUGAAGAUUACGAUCGACACCUCUUUAAAUAUCAUUUGGAGUACCUGUAUAAAACUUUGCUAAUACAUAUGGACGAUCGCAAUGAAAUAAUUCAGAAAGCUAUAUUAGGUUGCUUAAAAAUCGGUGCUUGUAAACACCCCUUACUUUUGAAGCAGCUUGUUGACGACGUUGUUUUAAAGCAUCGCACGAAACAGUAUUGCGAAGAGCUUUUGCAUCAUUGUGAGGAACUUAAUAAAACAUUUUCGAACGAGCCUAAUAAUAUGGCGUGAACUUUUUUUCAACAUGUAUUUAUUAUUUUGUUACCAGAUAUCAACGAUUUUA